GGUGGUGUUUUUAUCGUGAACUAAAAAAAAAAUGGCGGAGUGUAACGGGUGUUGUGAACGUUUAACGAGUUAAAAAUGAAAAUUACCCGAUUUUUCGCCGGUUUUUCCGCUUGAUUUCGCCCGCGAGAUGUAAAUUGAACGUUAACGUAAUGUUUUCGCAUCGAUUGUGGUUUUAGAUGUGUAGGGUGUUUUUGAGGGUGUGUUUUGAUCGCUAAAGAAGUGUUGAGAAAAUGUUUAGAUUUUUGAGCGGGCGAAAGGGCAAACGCUCCGAGGGAAAUUCUCAAAGCAGGAAUUCUCGCCACGCCGUCCACAAAGGGUUAAUUCAGUGCAAAGUGAUUCUUUUAGACGGAACCGAUCUUUCCGUGGAAUUAUCGAAAAAAGCCGAAGCAAGAGAUCUCUACGAACAAGUGUUUUAUUCGUUAGAUUUGAUCGAAAAGGAUUAUUUUGGGUUACAAUUCACGGAUGUUAAUCACGUCAAACAUUGGCUCGAUCCUACGAAAUCGAUAAAAAAACAAAUUAAAAUUGGCCCUCCAUAUACUUUGCGAUUAAAAGUAAAAUUUUACUCAUCAGAGCCAAAUAACCUCAGAGAAGAAUUAACGAGGUACCAAUUUUUCCUGCAAUUAAAACAAGAUAUUUUAGAGGGCCGAUUGGAGUGCCCCCAUCAAACGGCCGUUGAAUUAGCCGCGUUAUCUUUACAAUCCGAAUUGGGUGAUUAUGAUGAAUCCCAACACACGGCAGCUACUGUUUCUGAGUUUCGUUUCGUUCCAAAUCAAUCAGAAGAAAUGGAAAUUGAAAUUUUGGAGGAAUUUAAGAAAGUUCGUGGGUUAUCCCCCGCUCAAGCCGAAAUGAGUUAUUUGAAUAAAGUGAAAUGGCUGGAGAUGUACGGUGUUGAUAUGCACACCGUUUUAGGAAAAGAUGGAAUGGAAUACCACUUAGGUUUAACCCCAACCGGAAUUUUAGUCUUCGAAGGUUCCCAAAAAAUCGGAUUAUUCUUCUGGCCAAAAAUCGGAAAGUUAAACUUCAAAAAGAAAAAGCUCACUUUAAUCGUGGUCGAAGACGACGAUCAAGGACGCGAACAAGAACACACUUUUGUAUUUAGGUUGCAUAAUGAGAAAGCUUGCAAACACUUGUGGAAAUGCGCUGUUGAACAUCACGGCUUCUUCCGGCUUCAAGCUCCCGUUAAGGGGCCCUCAGCCAGGCAGAACUUUUUUAGGAUGGGGUCGCGGUUUCGGUACUCGGGACGAACUGAAUAUCAAAGUACGCAUCAAAAUCGGGCGAGGAGGACGGUUCAACUUGAAAGGAGACCAAGUCAAAGAUACGGUAGAAGACAAAGUCACGUUUUAAGAGAAAAAUUAAGGGAACAACAACAAUUAUCACAACCACCAAUCGAAACUGUCGACUCAAACGCAAAUAAAACAACCAACGUUGCUUCUACAACCACAACAGACACAAUUCAACCCUCUUCGAGUCGAUGCAGCGAACGAUCGAAUAAAUCCACGGCUACGAAUGCCACAAAUACCACGGAUAACGACCCACUUUAUUGUAAAGUUAACGAUGAUUUAACAAAAUCGUUAACUCCAACAGGUCCUGAUUCGUUAGGAUUGGCAAGUCAAAGUAGUUUUGGGAAAGGUUCAACCGGUCAUAAUUCCUUUGGAAAAGCAUCAAUUGGUUGUGGUUCCUCCUACAGUCCCGUUUUAUCGGUUGGAAGUAAAAAUGGCACUUUAAAACGGAAUAAAACGGCGACUACUCCAACAAGUCCCACUCCAUCAUCAAACGCGGACUCUCAAUUAGACUUUUUGUUGAAAAGUUUAGCAAAAGAGACUCUUAGUGGAAUACAAAGAGAUGAAUCGAGGAAUGAAACUAAUAAAUUAGAAGAUUCAGAAGUAGAAGUGAUAACGAAAUCAAUGCCUGCCGAAUUGCCGAAUAACAUUACUAAACUUUGUAACACAGUAGCUAAACCUCUACCUCCCGGACAAGUAAAAUGUAAUAUCUUAAAAGCGAAAAUUGAAGAAGAAUUAAACCAACAAUUAGCUCCCCCGACGAAGUUAACCAAUCAGAUGUUUGUUGCAGCUGCAAAAGAAGACGAAACUAAUUUAAAUUCUUUAAACGCGGCUACAUUCGUUUCUGUGGGUGGUGAUAAAUUAACUUUAGCUGUAACCGGUCCCACAAGUACCAAUCCGAUAGUAACUAAUUCCCCGACCCGAGAAACACCACCAACGAACGAAAAUCAUCUUCAAUUAAUCAACCAAUCGAAUAACAACAAUAACCAACAAAAACGUUGCACCACCCCGGUUACCGUAACGUUUUUCGGUCACUCCGAUCGUGGAAAAUUGGAAAAAGUUAUGAUCUCCAGCCCGGAAAUUAAAAACAAACAACAACCUUUAAGUUUAUUAUCAACCAACGGCGAUGAGAAAGACUCGAAUGGAAUCGAUAGUUUAUUUAAUUCGUUGAAUUUCAUCGAUAACUCGAUCACGCGGAAAGAAUCCAAUUCGAAUCCUUUUUUUAAUCUAUCCGGGGAUAACGAAAACUGUAAGAAUCCAUUUCAAGAGAGUCAUAAUCCGUUUUUAUCGGGGAAUAAUCCGUUUCGCGAUGAUUCGGAUGGAUUGGUUGAAAACGGUGGUGGGGAAAGGGAGGAAAAUGGAAAGAAAGAGGAUGUAAAGCCAUCGAUAAUUACCGUAAAACUUGAAAAAUCGUCUCCGACCGCAACCGUAACUCCAUCGUUAAGCAAGUUAUCUCCUUGGUUGGUGUCGCAAGAUGUUGUGUCUUCACCGGUGGUGAAAGUUUCCACUGAAAGUGUUGUUCGUAAAUCAGUUAUUACAACCCAACUUUAAUCCUUUUUAAACCUUUUUACCGUUCCGAUGAUGUUUUUACGUAAAAGAUGUAAAGCCAACGAUAAUUACCGAAAAAAUCAUCUCCGAGUGCCACUGUAAUUCCAUCUCAACCCAAGUUAUCUACGUAUUGAGAUGUUUCUUCACCGGUGGUGUUUUUAUUACGUAGAUAACUGUUUUUCCGUUUCCGAUAAUCGUAUUAUUCCUUAAAGGUAAGUAAUUUUAAAGUUAGGUUUAUUGCAGUAUUUUUUAUUAUUAAUAUUUAACGUUAUUCCGUAAAUUUAUCAAUCUAGCUGCUAUGUGAUACGUUUAAUUUUUAUUCCGACUUAAAUAUUACCGUUUAAUGUGA